AUGUACAGAGCUGAGCCCAUGUUUGGAACUCUUUAUAUUGGCACAUAUUUGAAUCCUGCAGCUUCUGUCACCGACAUCAAGAAAGGAACUUCCGCCAUCACAGUCCCCACCUGUGCGAAAACUGCCCAGUUCUCGAGUCAAGAUCAAGCUCAGCCUCCCGCAUGCACGAUACCUGAAUGCAACAACCUAGGCAUCAAAUUCGUGCAGUGUUCUUCUCUGUCCAAUUUACAGAAUCCAUUUUCAAAUAUCAAGGAAUUCUCUUGCACGACAGCCGAUGGAAAAACCCAGUGCACUUAUGUUAACAGUGUCAGUGUCAACGAAUUGAUCCAAUUUCAAAUCAAUCUCCCCCUCUCAACAUCGUUGACAUUUCAGGCGACGGUCGAUCCUGGUGUCCCCAUCGGGAUGACUGUCUCUAGCACAACACCGCAGACUUGGGAAGUCCAGUGGAUGCCGACUCGGGGGCUGCAGGGAGCGCAACAUGUGGGGGAGUUUGUCAUCGGAACGCCGGGUGCCAUCAACAUUUGUCCGGUCCACACUUAUACACUUACCUUCACUGUCUCAAGUACAAACCCGAUGUGGCGGUAUAUCCCACCUGCUUCCGACAUGGUGUACCUUGCUCCAGGACAGGCCUUGUUAGGACACACCAUGACAUGCAGCAUCAACGCUUCUUCGCAGUCAAGUUUGACACCUCUUGUCUACAUUGUCAAUGCAACUAUCUUUGACAAAAAAGUCGAGCAGCAAUAUGUGUGUGGUUUGAGCGACUGCUUGACGGUGGAUGCAGUGGUGAACGUCGGAACCACAACGAAGUCUGUGGAAACCACGUUGACGUACCAGGCUCAAGCGGCAUUGGAUGAUGGAAAGAUUAUCAGGCUAUGCUACGGCUGCACGGAUAGUGGUUAUCUUGGGCCAGGAGCUGUCACCUGCGUGUCAAUAACAGUUUCGAUUUGUUCCAUCUACAUCAACAAGGGGAUGACUCUAGAAUCGCUUGCACGCCAGUAUCAUCUGGAUCGAAAUUGGCGCAGGAUGUGGAAUCUGAAUCCUUGGCUACCUCAGCCGAAUGCUGUGCUGCAUUCCGACGUGGUGCUUAGGAUCGGCUCAAUUUACAAGGUUCGGAGGGGAGACACGCUUGUAGUGAUCGCAGCUCGAUUUCAGACGACGGUCAAGAAACUGAUGAAUGUCAAUAAGAAUAUUGACGUAAUGGACUUGAAAGAAGGGCAAGAUGUAUGCGUGCUUCCGUGCACAGACAGGAGACUAGUUGCAUCUACAGCUGUAUAG